AUGUCAUGUUGUGGAAACCACGUCCUCCUUUUGGGCACCUGGCAGCUCACCUCGGAGGUUUUGCGUGUGGAUUUGCGUUUGAGCCCAGUUGGGCAAUAUCCGGAACUGUCUCAGUUGCUUCACUCCAUGUGUCGUUUCGGUGGCACCCCGCACUUCGAUGCCAAAGAUGUGGAAACGUUGUGCAAGCAGGUAGAAGGCUUGCUUUCCCAAAAGGGGCCUUCUGCCAUGGAAAAAUCCGAGACCCGCCCGCAGGGUACCAAGAGGAAGGCACAGGAGGUGCCUGAACGCCCAAAAAGGGGUCGUCCCAGCGGACAGGGCAAGAACAGCAAGAGGAAGAAGGCGGAGGAGGAGUUCAGUCCUUCCAAGAAGAAGAAGGCCGAGGACUCAGAUAGCGAUGCCAAGACAGAGGUUGCAUCCGAUGCUUGCAGCUGGGGUGCAAAAACGCCUGCGACGAAGGCAGCUGCCAAGAAGAAGAAGGAGGAUGAUUCUUCGGGCCCCUCCGAGGGUGAUGCGAGCAACAGUCAGCAGCAGACUGACAGGACGGACAGCAUUUGGCACUGGCCGGCCCCCUCGGCCGUUGCCGCCUCUGAGAGAGAUGUCCGUGAUGACUUUGAUCCUACGAAAGGCUUGCGCGGCAUUUUGGAGACGCUGAGAAGCAAAGUCUUUUUCGAGGCUCUCCUGACACGUUUCGUUGACCCGUCGUCGAAUUUAAAGAUGACCCCCGCGCAGAUCAAUUCCUACGCCCGAUUGAUGGCGCUGUGCUGCCAUGAUGGACUCUUGGCCGAUGCUGACAGUGAGUCCUGGCGAACAGCACAGAAGGCAGUGCUGACCAGUACCAAGGAGUUGGAGGAGAUUCACCGCUGCGUCCGAGAUCCCUUGCUCUCGUGGUUCCGCAAGAUGCCCAAGAUUGCGCAGCUUCAGCAGACGGCUUUGGGCUGCGCGGCAGGCUUGCGUUGGGUGCAGCAUGUGGUGCUCUCAGAUCGCCUUCCACAACAGCAGCUGUUGACGCGCCUGGCACAGCAGCUUGGCAGCGCAGGGGGUUGA